AUAUUUUAGCUAUGAUUUCUGAAGCGAAAGUACUGUGAACGAUAUGCAAGUAUCUAUUUUUCUUUAGAAGAAAACAAAGUCGGCCUUGAAUAUUGCUUACGAAAAGCCUUCAAGAAAAUCUGUAAAUUAUAUAGCCAAAGAAAUUUAAGAACUGAUUUCAAUUUGCAACAAAAUGUAUCGUUGGUUGUGUGUUGUGAUGAUUAUAAAGUUGGUCUGGGCCAUUUUUCCUCCCAGUACUCCACCCAUGCUGAUAUGGGGACUAGACACACCCCCGCCUCAAACCAUAUUUAAAUACAUGAAAACCUUUGACUUGGUUCGGAUGCUGAAACCGAUUCACAAGGACUAUAUGAUAGUAGUCUACCUGGCCACAGAGCUAACGGCCAAAGAUAUAAACUGCCCUUCAUGUUACCCGAUGAUGAGUCAGAUUUUGCCCGUGCGAUUCUACAGUCAGGUGGAGAAGCCCAUAAGGGCAUUAGACCACAUUAGUCGGGUAUCGAUCAGUCCUGGCCUGGUUUGGCACGUUCUACCCGCGGACGGAACGGAGAUUAAUUUGGCGAAGGAGAUUCCUUGCGAGAUCGGUCGUAUACACUGCUUCAACUUCGGGGAUCGCAAUCUGCCGGCACAUGAUGCCACAAUAGCCGCCGUCUUGGAUGAGCUCAAGAGUUGCCGCGUCAUCCACAUCUACACGGCCUUCGAGGAGGAGUCCCGAGCUCUCAAGCGUCGUAGAUAUUACAGCACGUCCAGCAUGCGCCAUAGCCACAACGAAGAUACGAAUGUCGUCUUCACUGGCGAUGUUGGCCAAAAGGCAGAUCCCACGAAACUCACCAUUCUGCGACAUGAGCUGGCCAUCGUUGGCGUGCUAAAGAUCAUCCUGGCCGAGGAGGUAAAAGUCGGCCAUGAGGUGCACUACAAUCGCACCUACGUUGAGCUGAAAACGGGCAACGAGAGUCUGCAGGUGGGUCUGGUGGGUUCCCACGGCGUCAACGAGGGUUUCGUGAUUGUACUGAAUACCCAUAUGGGCUACAUGCUGAUCGAGAGUUUGCCUGUGGGCGGCAGCUGGCAGAUCACACGCAUUAUUUUCAACAUCAAUGUGACGUACUAUCCGCGGGAACUGAUAUUCUUCAGCUUGAAGAACAGUCUGUGCUGUCAGUCCAUCACCGCCUAUUCGGAUGAAGGAGCCCGCCUGAGCCUGUACUCAUUCCAUUUGGAUGUCAUGACCGAAGCAUCUGACUCCGGCUUUAAUCCGGACUACAAGCCGAAACCGUGCUGGCACUGCAACAAAUACAUAAGUUCCGUCCUCUCCCAGAGCAUCUUCGCACUUGGCCUUCUGAUCUUUGUGCUGUCCGUGGGAUUCAUUAUGCUGUGGGACAUUGGCCGGAACAGGUUCGUCCAGAAUAUCCACGAUCCGGAUCUGCACAUAAAAACGGACAACUAGGUACUGCUGUAGCGGCCCUCGUUGGAUGCACAUUCUACACUCUACACUCCCCACACAGUCUCCACACAAUCUGCACACACUCUACGCUACCCACAUUCUGCCUAAUUCACUUGCUUACAAAUCUAAUCAUUGUGCCGGACUGUGGGGGCGCCGAGUGGUCAGUGGAUCGUAAUAAUAAUGUCAUUGUCGUUGUCGUUCUGUUAUUGUCCGUA